GUGCUGCAGCGUGUUCAAGGCGAUGGGGUUAUAUCAGGGGGUUUCCCGGGCGACGGGCCAGGCGAUGCGGACGGCGGUGUUGCUGCUGUUCCUGCAGGAGGUGCAGAUGAGAGGAUAUGGACCUGCUGGUGGGGUUCCCAACGGAUACGCUGCGGGUUAUGGCUCUACUUAUGGAGUACCCAACGGACAAAGAGCUCCAACAAAUGGAAUGGAAGUUCAAAAUGGCCGCGGCAUCGGAAGAAUGUUGAUGCCUUCUAAAGGUGUGGGCGGGCCUUCAGGGGCUCAGAACGGACAGGGAAGGGAGCCAAUCAAAGGGGCAGGUGGCGCUGCCUUCGCUCGUCCCCAGUCUAAUGGUAAUGGUGCCCAUGCAGGAAAACCAUAUGGACAGGGAACUAAAGGAAACGGAUAUGGGGCUCAAUUUGGACCUUCAAGCAGACGGGCCAUGAACGGAAACGGUUACGGUGCUCACGCAGGACAGGCGAACGGACAGGGAACCAAAGGAAACGGUUACGCUGCGCAAGCAGGACAAAAUAAUGGACAAGCAAACAAAGGAAAUGGUUACGCUGCACACGCAGGACCAAAUAAUGGACAAGCAACCAAAGGAAACGGUUAUGGUGCUCAGGCAGGACAAGGCAACGGACAGGCAACUAAAGGAAAUGGUUAUGGUGCACACGCUGGACCAAAUAAUGGACAAGCAACCAAAGGAAACGGUUAUGGUGCACACGCAGGAACAAAUAAUGGACAAGCAACCAAAGGAAACGGUUACAGUGCUCAUGCCAGACCAAAUAAUGGACAAGUAACCAAAGGAAAUGGUUAUGGUGCUCAGGCAGGACAAGGCAACGGACAAGCAAACAAAGGAAACGGAUACGGUGCACACGCUGGACCAAAUAAUGGACAAGCAACUAAAGGAAACGGUUACGGUGUUCACCCAGGACCGAAUAAUGGACAGGGAACCAAAGGAAACGGUUAUGGUGCACACGCAGGAACAAAUAAUGGACAAGCAACCAAAGGAAACGGUUAUGGUGCACACGCAGGACAAGGCAAUGGACAAGCAAACAAGGGAAACGGUUAUGGUGCUCAGGCAGGACAAGGCAACGGACAAGCAACCAAAGGAAACGGUUAUGGUGCUCAGGCAGGACAAGCCAACGGACAAGCAAACAAAGGAAAUGGUAAUGGUGCUCAGGCAGGACAAGGCUACGGACAGGCAACCAAAGGAAAUGGUUAUGGUGCUCAGGCAGGACAAGGCAACGGACAGGCAACCAAAGGAAAUGGUUACGGGGCCCACGCUGGACCAGCUAAUGGACAGGGAACGAAAGGAAACGGUUAUGGUGCACAUGCAGGUCAAACUAAUGGAAAAGCAGCCAAAGGCAACGGUUAUGGCGCCUAUGCUGGACAGGCUAACGGAGGAAACGCUCACCUCGGAGCCACCGGUAAACCAACGAAGGGCAACGGACAACCAACCUAUGGAGCAGGUCAGGGCCUCGGUGUCAACCAGGGCCCCCAGCUGGCUGGGAACCCCAUGACAGGAGGUUAUGGAGCUCAGCCCAGCAGAGGUCCUGCAAAGACUGCUGGGUACCAAAGGGCCGGUUCAGCGCUAGGAGCUGGGUUCCUCCCAGGAGGGAUGAAGGGGCCAAAGCCAGCUGGUUAUGGGUCUCAGAACGGUCAAGGUGCCAAACCAAACGGCUACCAGCCAGCUGCUGCUGUGCCUAAUGGCUAUGGAGCCCGGUUCAACGGUUAUGGUGCGCAUGCAGGACCAACUAAUGGACAAGGAACCAAAGGAAACGGUUAUGGUGCCCAAGCAGGAACAGCUAAUGGACAAGGAACCAAAGGAAACGGUUAUGGUGCCCAAGCAGGACCAGCUAAUGGACAAGGAACCAAAGGAAAGGGUUAUGGUGCACAGGCUGGCUUGGCUAAUGGACAAGGAACCAAAGGAAACGGUUACGGUGCUGGAGCCGGUGUUGCCAAGGGAAACCAAGGCCAGGCCAAAGGUGUGUUAGCUGGGUUCCUCCCAGGACGUGGCAACCCCAGCCCGGCAGCAGAUAAAGCAGUUUAUUCUGGUGUUCCAAACGGAUACGGAGCCCAACCAAAUGGUUACGACCCCGCCGCGGCAGAAGCACCAGGGGGUCCUGCGAACGGAUAUGGCGCUAAGCAGAAGGGCUAUGGCGCGCCUGAAGCUGGAGCCGUCUCCCCGAGCGCUGCAGCUCUGGGGCCCAGUGCUGGAGCUGACGGGCCUGGCUCUGCAGUCAAAGGAGUCAACGGUGACUACGAUAGGGGAGUUCAAACGGGGAAGGGCCAAUCGGGAACUCAGAGUGCGGAUCAGCAGAAGGUAUCUAACAACAAGGGUGAGAGCGGAGUCUCACCAGACCACAUCCAUGAGUCCCUGGGCGGGUUCCCUCUAGUGGACACGCACGGGAAGCCCCAGGAGAUGCCUCCAACGCAGCUCCAGUCACACAGCUCCUCACCAGAACCAGACAUUACCCCAGAGCCCAAACCAGCAGAACCAGAACCAGAACCCACCCAAGACCAGAACGUGACCCAGCACCCUGAAGAGCGUGUGACUGAUGUUCUGCUAGAGGCCACCCCCCAGCCAGGAGUAACAGAGUCUGGACCUGAGGUUCCUCAGGGAACGCAGUCCACUCCUGAAAUGGGGUAUUUGACGGGCAGCGAACUGCCCGAGCAGAACGCCCCCGAGACGGCACUCCUCCCUGGGCCCGAGCUCACCGGCCUGCUGGCCCCUGAGGGGGUCGACGGUCUCGCACCGCUGCCCGAAACCGUGGCGACCACUAAAGGGGACAUCGGCCAGGAGUUGGUGCCAGAGAGGGCGGUCAUCCAGCACCAGCUACCGACGCCCGGCGAGGGGUCUCUGGUUGAGACCGCGAGCAAACCUGAGAAGAGUGCCGGGGCUUCCAUCAGUGUGGAGGGGUCUAAAGCUGCCAAACCAGACUGUGGACUCGCCACAGCAGGGGGCCAGUGGAUGAAGAUCCCCAGACCUGAUUAUGGAGCAGAACUGGGGCCCUCUGGUACCAACCAGAAAGGUUAUGGCGCAGGAGCUGCUUUCCUGAACAAAUUUGGAGGCAAACCUAACGGACGCACUGCAGGGCCUUACACUAAUGGAGGAGGGGCUUAUCCUAAUGGAGGAGGUGCUUAUCCUAAUGGAGGAGGGGCUUAUCCUAAUGGAGGAGGGGCUAAAGCAUCCAAACCAGGUUAUGGUGCUGGAAAAGGAGGUGGAUACAAUGUACCAGGACAUGGAGCAGGUUUUGGUUCUCCUUACGGUCAACAGCCAGGUGAGCUGUGUUCUAUCCGUUUGUCAAUUUUAUUACAAACCAAACCCAUUCACUGUGUAGUAUAAGACGAAUCAAGUGAA